GUUUGCAAUGCGGAAGUGAAGAAACGUAGAAAAGCACCGGACCAUUACGUCUUUCUUUCUUAUAGCACAUGAUCAUUCAGUAAUUGAGGACAGACAAUGACGCCUACUUUCCUUAUUUUAGUUUUGUGCUUUGCGACAACUCAGGGACGGCGCCCUCAGGGACUCAGGAAACAUGUCCACGAAUUCGAAAUUCCACAGGCACAGACGAAGCAAAAGAAUUCCACCAAGAUAUGGUCUGGCCUGAAUCUAAAAGGUUUCUCCUGGAAGGAUUGUGGAACAUCAUCAUCACUUGUGAACAUCCAGUCUCUGUCUUUGAGUCCCGACCCACUGGCUUUCCCAGGACCGGUCAAUGUGGCAGCAGAAUUCGUUGUGAAGCAAUCACUUGUUGCUCCAUUGAAAGGUCAGUUAAAAGUGUACAAGAAGAUAUUUGGCACCUACAUUGAGAUUCCAUGUGUUGACAAUGUUGGCUCGUGCACCUAUGAUGACCUGUGUUCAAAGCUGGCUCCUAUCCAGGGCCAGUGCCCGGACUCUCUGAAGAAGAUUGGGAUUGACUGCUCCUGCCCAAUUGCAGCGAACUCCUACAACCUCGGAAAGACAGAGUUUGAUGUGUCAGCGUCAGUAAUUCCAGGUGGAGAUUACCACAUCAUUGCUGACAUAACGAUGAAUGGGGCCCAGGCCACGUGCAUCGAUAUGGAUUCUGCAAACAUUCGCGGUUUCGCUGUCCUAUUGGUGUGCUUUCUGCGUUCGAUUCUUAACAUGCGCGUGGUCCUUCUUCUAGUUGCCGUGGCAACGUGCUUCGCACAUCCACAUGUUUAUGAGAUGGAGAUGGGUAAUUUCGAGAAACUCUCAAGUUUCAUUAAGACCAAGGAGGACCUCAUCCAUUUCCUGACUGAACACCACUCACCCCGUGGGAAGCCAGCCCGUCUGACGGGUUUCUCAUUCAAGGACUGUGGCGGCGCCAACGCCAUGGUAAACAUCGGCUCACUUAGCGUCACCCCCGACCCAAUCUCGUUUCCCGGGCCCCUCAACGUCGCCGCCGUCUUCAAGAUCAAGAGUGACCUGAACGCACCGCUCCAGGGCGACGUUCAAAUCUCGAAAAAGAUUCUGGGCAACUGGGUGAAGCUCCCGUGCGUUGACAACUUCGGCUCGUGCACAUACCCGGACCUGUGCGAGCUGCUCGAGCAGGUGCAGUGUCCAGACCCCAUAGUACGCAUCGGUAUCGACUGCCAGUGUCCCCUUAAAUCGAACUCCUACUCGCUGCCCCAGACCGAGUUCGACGUCGACGCAAGUGUGAUUCCCGCCGGAGACUACCUACUCCAGGGCAACGUCACAUAUAUGGGCCAGGAGGCGGCGUGCCUUCAGCUCACCCUGACCUUCACGUAGGCCGGCCUUGACACCUGGGAGGCUCACCUUGACCACUGGCAGGCUGACGUUUUAGAUAAGAAGACUGUCCUUCUAAAAUUGACCUUACAGUAAACUGACUACGAGUGGAAACGACCGUGCCAGUACUUCCGCCUGCGGUUAUCGUCGAGCAUUACGGAGUCAUUUCAUUGUCGAUUUCAUUAUCAUCAAUUUUAAACAAAGUUGCAGGUAAUAAAUGCACGCUUUUUCUUAAUACAUUUCAAUUUCAUUAUAAUUAAGCACCAAUUAAAUGCUCAAUAAACAUCCCAUUUUCACGAAUUUGCGGCAUUAAAAUUAUAAAACACCUAA